AUGCCAUUUGGAACCACUGUCAUCGUUUCCCGCUCGUCUCACAAACAGGUUGCGCAGCUGCGGAUGUCGGCCCUGAAAAACCAGGCCCUGAAGGGCCAAGAGAAGAAGCUCCGGAAGCAGCUCCAACAGAAGAAAGAGGCAGAAAAGGUUGAUGAGGAAAUAUUCCUGGACUACAGUAAACCAAUGCUUCACAUCAACUGGGAUGAACUUCGGGUCAAAAGUGUGAAAGCUCAACGUCUCCUCAGCUCACACAUGGAACGACUGCAGCGUGUGACUUCUGAGUGCGAAGGACUGAACACGGCCAUCACCAGAAAAAGACAGAUGGCUGCCAAAAUUGAGGAGGAGAUCCGACACGCUGAGGAGGAGUGUUUGAAAGCAGAAUCCCUGAACAGACACCUCCAGCGGCAUCUCUCAGACUACGGACAGGGUCCUGACGUUAUGGAGCAUUUCCAUGUGAAGGAGAAACACAAGAGACUGCAGAGGAGCGUUCACAUGUGGGAGAGAAAGGUUGGCGUUGCUGAGUUAGCCUUGAAGAUGGACGGAGCAGCCCGGAGCAAACAGGCGGCCAUUGUGACUCCUGUGAGCAGCGCCGAGGCUGGAGCUCGGUCCGACCAAGGCCACAUUCCAGGAAACCCCCACAUGGAAUAA